UUGCCAACGUUUCGUUAUCCUGCAUGAAGUUUUUGUCUUUAGCCUCAUGGAAAAUUGAGUUAAAUCGAAUAAAUAAAUAAAACUCUUUAAAAUACAUUACCCACAAUGCUUUGCUGAAAGCGUCAACAGCGACCUGUCAAACAACAGAAACGCCAUCUUGACAGCACCCUCAAAAUGGCAGAAAGAUGCGAGCCCGAAACGGAGUCCCCGCAGCGAUACCGGAACUCUGAAACCUAAAACAGGACCGGUCCGUUGUCCGGUCGGCGGAUGGUUAUGGGCUUGUUGACCUGCGCCGCAGCACGAAGCCUGUAAAAUGGAUAUAAGCACGGCGGUUUUCUGCGCGGCCAGAGAGGGUAAGCUAAAACUUCUCCAGAAGUUGCUGAGCAACAAAACUAGUGAGGAGCUGGAGGCUCUAGCCGGGGAGAAGACGCAGGGAGGCACGGCUCUGCUGAUCGCCUCCCGGAACGGACAUUUGGAGGUGGUGGAUUACCUGGUGGCUCACUGUAAAGCCAACGUGGAGGUCGGCGGUUCGGUCAACUUUGACGGGGAGACCAUCGAGGGGGCUCCGCCGCUGUGGGCGGCUUCGGCCGCCGGACACCUCCCUGUGGUGAAGUCGCUUCUAAAGCACGGCGCCUCGGUGAACAACGCCACCCUGACCAACUCCACGCCGCUCCGCGCCGCCUGCUUUGACGGCCAUCUGGAGAUCGUCCGCUACCUGGUGGAGCACAGAGCCGACAUGGAGGUGGCCAACCGCCACGGUCACACCUGUCUGAUGAUCUCCUGCUACAAAGGCCACAAGGAGAUCGCCAAGUUCCUCCUGGAUCGAGGUGCGGACGUCAACCGCAAGAGUGUGAAGGGGAACACCGCCCUCCACGACUGCGCCGAGUCCGGGAGCCUGGAGAUCAUGAAGAUGCUGCUGAAGUGCAAUGCCCGAAUGGAGAGGGACGGCUACGGCAUGACCCCCCUGCUGGCUGCAAGUGUCACAGGUCACACCAAGAUCGUGGAGUAUCUGGCCCACCAGCCCUGGACCUCCAGAGAGGAGCGCAUCGACGCUCUGGAGCUGCUAGGAGCCACUUUUGUGGACAAAAAGCGGGAUCUGAUGGGGGCCAUCAGGUACUGGAGACGAGCCAUGGAGCUGAGGAAGCCAGGCGACAAAGCCGGGCCGCUGGCCAAGCCUCCACCCGGACCCCCCAUCUCUGCUUACGGCUGUGCUCAGGAGGUGAGCUCCGCCGAGGAGCUGGAGGCUCUGAUCACAGACCCCGACGAGAUGCGGAUGCAGGCGCUGUUGGUCCGGGAGCGCAUCCUCGGACCGUCCCACCCAGACACCUCCUUCUACAUCCGCUACAGGGGCGCCGUGUACGCCGACUCUGGCAACUUUGAGCGCUGCAUCAGUCUUUGGAAAUACGCCUUGGACAUGCAGCAGAGCAACCUGGAUCCUCUGAGUCCCAUGACGGCCGCCAGCUUCCUGUCUUUCGCGGAGCUCUUCUCCUUUGUUCUCCAGGACAGGUCCAAAGGCACGCUGUCGACGAGCAUCACCUUCCAGGACCUGAUGACCGUGCUGGUGAAGAGUGUGAGGGAGGUUGAGCGGGCCGUAGCCCAGAGGGACAGCCCCCCAGAUGCCCCCCAGUUCACCAAGGCCCUCUACAUCAUCCUCCACCUCAUCUUCCUCCUGGAGAAGCUGGACUGCACGUCCGAGCAGGAGCACCAGAAGAAGCACACCGUGUACCGCCUCCUGAAGCUGAACCCCAGAGGUCGGGGCGGCUUCACGCCCCUCCACAUGGCCGCGGACAAAGACACCACGUCGGUCGGCCGCUACCCCGUCGGCCGCUUCCCCUCGCCGCCGGUGGCGGCUCUACUCCUGGAAUGCGGCGCCGACGUAGAUUCGCGCGACUACGAGAACAACACGCCGCUGCACGUCGCCGCCAACAACAGCUGCCCGGAGAUCAUGGCCCUGCUCAUGAAGGCCGGCGCUCACUUUGACACCACGAACGCACAGAAGAAGACGGCCUGCGAGCUGCUGGACGAGCAGAGCAGCGGACACCCGGCUCUUUACACCUUAAACUACAUCACCCUGCAGUGCCUGGCGGCGCGGGCCAUCGAAAAGCACCGGCUGCCUUACCGAGGACUGAUUUCUAAGGAGAUCGAGGCUUUCAUUGAGCUACACUGAGACAACACUCUGCAAUUUGCAACUUUGACCAAAACCACAGCAAUAAAGCCUCUCGGCUUCAAAAGUGAGCUGUCAAAAUAGAGGUUACAUGUGAGUUUGGUGACAGCUAAUAUGUGACUUGUUACUCGAUCAAAGCAAAAAUGAAGGGGAAACAUCGUAGCUUGACGCUUUUCCGACUUAUUUAUUUGGGAAAAACAUAAAAAACAAGCAGAUUUAGUUGUCUGGGUCACACAUAAGAGUCUAAGGAGCUGAAACGACUGUGCCAUACAUUCUGUUCCUGGAUGUAAACUGAUGAAAAUGUAUCGCCUUACGCUUUGGGCACAGUUCAUCGUAUCGGUAGCGUGCAGUUUCUUCAGAUUUCACACUGUGAUACCCUCUCCACCGCCUGACGCUUUGUUACUUGAAAAACCGGAGAAGUGGUAUCAACUGGUAAAAACAGGCGGUUCGCAUCUCCCCCUCAGUUCAAAUUAACCCACUUUUGUUUCAAGCACAAAUAUUUAUUGAUAUUUUCUUUUUUUACCGACGACAUCCUAAUAUUAUUUAAAUUCCUGAGUGCGCAACCUCUCUUUUUCUUUUUUGUCUCUGUCUUGAGUGGGAGAGAACAACAGCACUUCAAGCCCUGAUGUUUGGAAAAUAAAAGCCCCAGAUUGAAUUCUGAAAGAUUCCCCUGAAAGGUUUCAGAGUUUUCUGCUAAACCGCAAAUGUACUUCCUAAGCACCGAAGCGGAUGGAUUUCCAUCCACUUGUCUUAUGUUUAAUGUACUCUCUGUUGUCGUCCGUUCUGUUAAUGUUUCUUUUUUGGCCGCACAGAAAGCUCUAUAAAAUCUAAAAUACUUCCACUGAGGCGCUGAACUACCACCGCCUUCGUCCUUUGAGUGAUUUAACUGGUGAUAACAUGAGAGCAAAGGUGUGCCGGUUGCCUGAAUAAAAUUCAGUAUCAGGAGAAAA